GCUUUGUCCUUUUUCAUUUUUUAAUCUUUGCACUAUCUACUGUCUUUUAUAUAUUUUAUUUUCCUUGUUUAUAUGCCACUGAUGGAGGAGGAGGAGGAGGUGAUAAAAAUAAGAAAGAAAGUCCUAAACCAGUUGAAGAAGAUAAAUGUGUCCCCCUAUUAAUAAGGCAGUUAAUCACAGUGCCUGAGGCUCCUCUAGUUGAAGAGAAAGGUCAUAAGAAGGUUGAGUGUGAGCCGACUCCUCCUCCUCCAGGGACCGAGGACAUAUCUGAUCUAUCACUGGACACACAACUGAUAGUACACAGUUAUAAUACAGCAUUAGUGCUAGCAUCUAAACUAUUGUCUAAGGAGAUUCGUUUCAUUGAAGAAGCAGCCGCUGAGGUAAUCAAACUUUUGAAUGUUCCUCCUUUUCCGGCUCAACUAGCAAUAAAGCAAAAGAUGGAGAACACGAGACGAGAGCACACUGCAGCAUUGAAACAUGAAGAAAAAAUUUUAGUCGAUCGAUUGAAAUUGAUUAAGGAGAAAGCAGUUCAUCUUAUUGAUCAUCUUAAGGUACUUCAUACAGUAAAAUUUACAUGUACAUGUAUUUUUACAUAUACAUGUGUGUGUACAUUUGUAAAUGUAAAGCAUAUGUCUUUAAGAUUGUAUAUAAUGUAUAUAAGAUUCGGCCCUGUUAUAAUAACUGAGCGUGAUGGUCACUGUGUAACAAUACUGGAUAAAAAAGGAAAGAAAUUGAAAUCGUUAGGAGCAGAAGGAGAAAGAGGCAACGUCAAGUUUUGA